UUCGGUGACCAAUCAGUUUUCCCAAUUUUCCAGAUUCCUCAUAAGCAGCAAUACGAACAGAAGCAAGUUCUGGCAAGACUACCUGCAAAGACAAAAGAGGACUUGAUUAAAGCAAGUCCUGGUCAUGUUCAUUGUUGACAAGAUGGUGAACCAUGGAAACACAACAAUCCAAGAUUUUUUUUUUUUUCCUUCCUCUAGUUUCAACUAUGAACUGAAAUACUUCCAAACAAGACAAGAAAUUUUAAAACAACGAAACAAAUAAUGAAAAACUGAUACAAAACUGGACCAGCCUCUGGAAACAAUGAAGAGACAUCCAAAAAGCACACUUCUAGCUGAAUCAAAACUUCAAAAGCUCCAAAUAACAAAUGAUUGUAGCAUUGCUACUAAUUUACCCAAUGAGAUCUUGCUGAGUAUAUUCCAAUACAUCAAAUCCAAUGACCUGCUUUUCAAUGUAGGCAAAGUUUGCAAGAGGUGGCGUCGCUUGGCCCAAGAACCCAGACUGUGGCGUAAUCGUAGCCUAGACGAUGAGGACAUGUUGGUCAACAGCCUUGAUUUAUUGGCUUUAGCACCACGUUUGAAAAGAGUUUCUUUGAGUACAGAAUUUCAUAGAGACAAAGUGUUCAAAGCAUUACUUCAUGGAGAAAAGAAAUUACAAAGUUUGAAACUGAGUUUCCGAGAAGGGUCAUUGUCAGUGGCUCAACUCAAAGAACUGCUUCCGGCCUUCUCACAACUGAAGCACUUGGAUUUGCAGCUACCUUCAGCCUCACACGAUGAAGCCUUAUUCAGUGCUUUCCACCCUCUAACAGAAUUGCAGAGUCUCAGAUUGACUGGCUUUGUUUCUCCUGUUACUGAAUUGCUGAGUUCAAUAACAACCCACUGCACAUCUCUGCACACCCUUAUCCUAGUUGAUUGUUUGAUAUUUUUUAGAGAUGAACAUCUUGUUGCUUUAGUAUCAGAUGGAAGACCAUGGAAAUCUCUAAAACUGAUGACAUACUUCAUCUCAGAAGCAGCCUAUAAUUAUUUUGCAUGCCUCAAGAACCUUGAACAACUUGCUCUGAUAAAGUGCAAAUCACUGACAGAGCAAAAUUUAUUGCAAAUUGCAACACUGCCACUUCUCACUAAUCUGACGGUAACUGAAAAUUGCAUACUGAGUUCCACUGCAAUAAGCACUUGCCUACAAGUCCAACCCAUGGCGUGCCUACUUGAUAUUGACUUCACAGUUUACAGGGCUGAUGAUGAUGUUGCCCUAGCCAUAGCCACAACAUGUACACAGCUUGUUCGUCUAAGACUUGCUAUGUGUCUGGUUACUGAUGAAGGACUGCGGGGCAUAAUUCUUAAUGCCUCUAAACUUCAAGAUCUUGAUUUGGAAUGUAAUAUAAUACGCGGCCAGUGCCUCUACCUAAUACCUAACCACCUACCAAAUCUUGUUAGACUGAACCUGCACCUAUGUUACAAUGUGUUAGUCAAUCUGAAUGAGAUUGUAGCUCGUUUGACAAGAUUAAAAAUAAUUGAUCCAUCAGGUAUUGUCAUAGAAGGAAGAGCAGUAAAACGUGUUCACCCUCACAUCUCAUAAUAAAAGA